AUGUUGUGCAUGACGAUGUACUUGUCCAAAUUCGACCUCCGCUCCCAUGUGGGGCAUGACGUACUUCUCAUUUCGAGUAUGAGUUUGGUUUUGUUCUUGCUCAACAUCAGCUGGUCUAUCAUCGCAAGGUCCUUCUUCCCCAAACAUAAAACCGAUAAACCAGAAGAGCUUACAGCCGCACCAAUCAUAUCUCAAAGUUACCUGCGCAGCGGUUCAAAAUCCCUCGGUAUCUCACAUUCCCUCAUGAUUUUCAGCCAAUUCGACCCCCACGACCAGGACGAGACGCAUUACAAACAUCUGGUUGAAGUGUACAGCUCCCCGUUAUAUGCAUCCGUGAUCGACGGUUGUCUGAUUGAGACAUUGAGAAAAAUGAAAGAGCUGUCCCGGAAAUUAAACAAUAAUUUAGCAGACUUGGCCGUUCGAGGUAUCAAUGCAAUGAUAAUAUUUGUGUUUCAGAACGAGGAAGAUGAUCACAGCUCGACUGAAGCUUUAGUGAACGGGGGGGACGACAUUUCGACAGAGACUCUAGUAAACUGGCGGGACGAUCAAAGCACUCACUGUUGCACGCAAAUAAACCUGACAAAUCUUCUGAGGCUAAUUCGGUUGACGGCAUUGUUGAAUGAAGAGCUAUUGAAGCAGAACCGACAACUGAUCGACGCUUUCAGCCAGACGAUAAAAUCUACCAAGCAAACCGGGAGUAGUUCAAAAGAGCAAAACCGUCAAAGGAUGGGGCUUCAAGCAGGUUUUGCUCGGGCGCGGGAGGUGGAGUCGAAUUUGAACCGUUGCCGGAGUGACUUGAGAAUGUACUCGAGCCAUGUCCAGUUUACCAAGGUAUCCGGCGAAAACACCCGAGCUAGCAAUGGCAUGGCUUCCAGAACAUCUGCGCUUACCGUCGCAGAACAAGGCAGGAUUGCCGGAAGCGACCUGGAAUCGGGUGAUCGACACGAGCCGUUACGUGGUGAAUACGUUGGAUUGCUUGAAAGCGACGGAGAUGAAACUUUACGCGGCGACUACGCCAGUGAAAACAAGGACAUGGGAACGCUUGACAGCAACGAGGUCGAGACGUUACGCGGCGAGGACAAUACCGAAGGCGAGUCAGUGGGAUUGCUUGAAAGCGACAGAGACAUCACGCUGGGUAGUCAAGAUACGGUCAAGACUGACGACGACGAGAUGCAAAGCAACGAUAGCGCUCACGGCGGAGAAGAAGGGUCGCUUCGAAGCGAAGGGGACGUUACUCUGGGAAGUGAGGAUACUCUCAAAACCGACGAAGAAGACGCUGAAGAAAACCCUUUCAAUAGUGAUGAAGAACAUCAAAUGGCCAAUGAGCUUGAGAUAGAAGAAGACGAAUUGGCGAGCAAAUCCGAUAGCGCCGCAGAGGACAACCGUUAUGAAUUUUAA